GUUGGCACGUUUGCAGAGAAUUUAAUUUGUUGUUGAUAUCUGGCGGAGAAUCGCUUGGGUGUUUAGUAAUUCAAGAUGUUUCUUUACAUUUUAAGCUGGAUUUCCAUGAUCUUCCACGUUCUCUUCUUGACUCUUGCAUUAGCUGCUGCUCUUUUUUACCUGGCGGAACUUGUGGAGGAAUACACAGUACUAACAGCUAAAGUUAUUAAGGGUAUGGUCGCGGGGACAACUCUGGUUUACCUAGGACUUCUUGUGCUAGAAAGUUUUCCUCUCUUAAUAAUAAUUGCAGGACUCUUUACCAAUGGACUUUAUUUCCUGCUUCUUAAAGAUUUUCCAUUUAUUCAGCUGACAUCUCCAGUGUUUUUAGGGGGAGUGGUGAUGGUUUUUGUCAAUCACUACUUGGCAUUUGACCACUUCUCCUCUGUAUGGUAUCCAUUUUCCGAGAUUCUAGCUUACUUCACAAUCUGUUUAUGGAUUCUACCAUUUGCAUUCUUUGUUUCCUUAUCUGCAAGUGAAAAUGUAUUACCAACAGCGUCCACAGUUCCAGAGGAUACAACAGAACCAAGCUAUUCUUAUGCUGGCCAGAGAUCAAGUCGCAGACAUGGAAUCCUUGCAUUUUUUAAUUUUUUGUCGAAGAAAACGGAGGGUUAUCUACCAACAAGGACAAAAACAUAUUAAGAGCUGAGAGAAGAUUAUGGUGGACAUAUGUGAGAAAAAUGAUGUAUUAUUACAGUGUAUAUUGAAGUCUUUUAGGUCCCUGUUAUUAAACUACUUUUCUAUGGUACUUUUACCAAAUGUGUUUUCAAAUCAUGGUAUUUUGUUCCCUGAUUAAUCUAUAUAAUGUUGUUGAAAUGUUGCCUGUAGAUAGAGAGGAAACAGUUGGUAAACAGUAUAAUUGUGUUUAAUUUAUAGCAUUCAUUGGUUUUGGCAUGUUUUGGACCAGCUAGAAUGAAGAUUCCUUGGGUUUCUGAUAUUUCUCAAAUGCAAGUCAAAGAGAAAGGGAAAAUCAGAAAUCGAACUGAUUUGAAAUGAUUUUAAUUCAAAUAAACUAUGAAACACUU